GUCCAGGAUUGGACACAAACGCGGGACUGAGACGGAGACAACAUGAGACGCAUGGACGUGCGCUCACCACCGGCAUCCGCGUCCACGUGUGCGCGUGCGUGUGAGGGUGUGAGUGGACGCGUUGAAGUUGCUCCGUGCAUGUGAGUGUGAUGCUGCGGAUUCCUGAGGAUGUUUAAUCCGAUUCAGAAGAUGCUGAUGAGACGAUUCUGCGCUCAGAGGACAGUCCACUCUCACAGUGCCAAACUUCUCCUGAGGUAGGAGCUUUUCCGUAGGCCUGUCCCUGCCAACCAACAGCCAUGGACCCUGUCCCAGAAUACUCUCAGUUCCUGGUCCGCAUCCUGGAGGAGCUGGACACCAAGCACAACACCAUGUCCUACCAGGACCUGUGUAAGUCACUGUGCGCCCGAUUUGACCUGGCGCACCUGGCCAAGCUCCGCAGCCUGCUCUUCUACACGGCGUGUCUGGACCCCGCUUUCCCCGCCACGCUCUUCAAGGACAAGAUGCGCUGCUCCGGCGAGGACCCGCAGUCCAAGAAGCUCAUGGUGGCGGCGGACAUCGUCACCAUGUUCAACCUGAUCCAGAUGAACGGGGGCAUGGCCAAGGACAAGCUCCCUGUGGUCCACAGAGCCAAGUUCCACAAAAACAAGUCGUUGGACAUGUGCAGGUCCGACGGCGACGCCUUCAAGUAUCAGGACUGUGACAGAGCGACGGCGUACGAUCACAUGGACCACGGCAGAGACGGACAACACCACCAUCACCACCACCACCACCAUCAUCAUCACCGCUCCCCCCAGCAGCACCCGGUGGAUCAGAACUCCUCCCCCUGCCCCAAACGACCCGAGUGCAACAACUGCCAGCCGUUCAUUCCCACGUCAGACCCCAACUUCCUCCUGGGAGUCAGCAAGGACCUGAAAUGUAGAGCAGCCUCUCUGGACAAACUCCACCAUCUGCCCCAGUAUCCCAGCAGCAGUCCUCCCUCUCCGCCCUGUGAAAUGCAGAGCACCUACUUUCCCAUGGACAUCGACAGCGAGUCGACGACGGACCACGAGUCCCUGCAGCACAUCGGCCACGCAGAACCCUUUUCUGUCCACUCCUGCAUCCAGAAGAGGAACAUCUUCAAGGAGGACUUCCACAACUUUGUGGCCUUCUCACCACAGAUCGUCACCAAGGACAGCAAACAGGGCGGUAAGGCUGCGCCUGCGGAGAGCUACCACAGGAGGGAGCUGCACAAGCCCGCCACCUUCUUCAACCACAGCUUUGAACUGCCUUACAGUAACCCCUACUUCGAGCCGCCACUCAACUCCCCACUUCAGGACCGACGGAGGGUGAAGCACGAGAGUCUGGACGACUUACAGGCGUCCACGUACUUCGGUCCGACCACCGUCUCUGAGUGCGUGAGCAGCAGGAAGUACAUCAACAAAGCGGGGAAGCAGCCGUCGUGGCCGGUGAAGAGCCUCAGUCUCAACGCGGAGGAGGGGCCGCCGGACUUUGAGAGGUCGUUCCUGAACAGCAAACCGCUCAAAGACAACCACCAUCGCACCAUGAGCAUCAUCAGCCAGGACAACGAGCAGCAUUUUCAGAGCCCAAAGGAGAAGGUGGGAGCUUCUCCUUCUGGGUUUGCCAAGAAACAGAAUGGAGUAAAAAACAAGGAUGUGGCUCUGGCAGCGAGUGGACCUGUGGGUCUGGACAAGAGAGAAGCAGCCAAACGGUUCAGGGACAAAAGCAUGAACAGUCCGUCCUUUCAGGGUGGAGACAUUUCCUCCAGCAUUGGGACUCAAACAGAGCAGGCCGAGCAGAAGAAAGCGAAGGAGCACCCGGUUAAAUACGGCGACGUGCGAGAAAGACGUACCUUCAAACAGUCCGACGACGACUCUGAGAUCAUCAGCGACGACAUCAGCGACAUUUUCCGUUUUCUGGACGACAUGAGUGUCUGCGACUCUCUGGGCGUCGUCCAGUCGUCCUGCUACAACAGCAACGGGUCCCUGUCUCAGGUAACGCUCAAGUCGGAGGGCGACAGCUCCCCUGAACGCAACACCGUCAAACUAGCCAAGUCCAAGCUGGACCGCCUCUUCCAUUCCCUGGAGAACACGGACGACGAGCUCAAGUCCAGCGUGUGCAAGCUGGUGAUGCGGAUCGGGGAGAUCGAGAAGAAGCUGGAGUCUCUGUCGGGCGUCCGCAGUGAGAUCUCGCAGGUGCUCUCCAAACUCAACAAGCUGGACGAGAAGAUCCAGGAGCCGGAGGGCAACGGACGACACAGGGAGACGGCGUCGGCCACUCCCGACAAGCCGCACCCUCACCAGCAACCACAUCUGGACGCCACGCUCUCACCUCACACCUUCCAGUGUCACACCACCGGCCGCAACGUCAAAGUGGAGAACGGGCUCAUGGGGGAGUGGUGCUGCUCGGACGGGAGUAACGGCGACAGCCUCAGGGUGAAAGCUCUGAAGAAGAGUCUGCUCACCAGGAGGUCCAACCGAUCGCUCAACGAGGAGAACAGCGCCACCGAGUCAAAGGUCGCCAGCAUCACCAACUCCCCACGGGACUGGAGGACAGUGUCCUACUCCUGUCACCCUGGAGACGAGGGCAAGGACAAGGACAGAGACGGCAAGGACCGACACCGGAAAGCCAAAGAGGUAGAGACACGUUUUAUUUUUUGA